AUGAUGGGAUUGUACACUUUUGUAAGCAAUGUGUCUCUUAAUCAUCGCACUUCAGCUAUAAGAGCCAUUAACAUUACUCAUGAAUUAACUUUAAGCUCCUUUGGGAAAAGAAGCAAAAGGGAGAAUAAAUGUGGAAUAAUCUCAGAUAUAAUAGAAUGCUUUCACAGUACUUUAUUCGGUUACAUGUCUAAUGUUUUCACAAGUCAAACAGGUAUCCAGGUUACCUUACUGAAUACUGUACGAUAUACACUAAACUUUACGCUCACAUGCAUAAUAAAAGUUGAAGACUGUUUCAAGCAUUCACAUCCACACACUGAGUACGUAGUUAAAUGUCGUGUUAAGCAAAUAUUAAAAGAUGUUAAAGGGUAA